AUGGUCAAGAUAAUACCUCAGAAUGUGGAUUCAUCACUUCCUCAAAUGACUCUCGAUAUGUUAGAUGAAGAAGAUGGUUCAGACGUAACUAACGUGCCAGCAAAGAAACGAAAUAUACUUCUCAAAUAUCUGCUUAGUAUCCGUCUAAUUUUGAUCAUUACCAUUAUAUUGCUAGUGGUUUUCACAGCAGUUUCCAUUUGGGCAACAUCUUACUCCAUGAAUGAAACUGUUGCAUUGGAUCAGGCCGACCAAAUUGUUAGUAAUAUGAAAAACACUAUAAGCGAGUUCUUGUACAGGCAAUUAAUGCGUCCUAAAUAUGUGGCUGAUGCCAUGGCCAAAGAUUAUUACAAUGGUUACAUUGACAUGAAUGAUAAUAUUAAGGAAUAUCUGUUUAGUAGACUGAAACUGUUCAAUGUCACACUCCUUAAUUUUUGUUUUGGAGAGAGAGGGAAUGACAUUUCAUAUGGAUACACAACAACAUAUGAUAAUUUGUCAUUCUUUAGGAAGAAACAGGCGGAGAAGCGAAUGAUUUUAUAUUGGACUAAUCCAGAAACUGGAAAGACUCAAUUUGAUUGGAUUACACAGAAUACGAGUUAUGUAGUUUCAAAUACUGGUUAUUAUAAGGAAUCUCUUCAAAUGUUGAAGAGUAAUCCUGAGGGUGGAUUUGGACAACCUUACAAACAAUAUGAUACCAACUAUCUCAUUGGUAGUUCACUCUGUGUGGAUGGUAUUCGUUUCGACAGAGUAAAUAUUUUUACAAUAGAGGAAAGAUUUGCUGGGAAAAUGUUAAAACAACUUGUGGAAUGUAACGAUACAUUGAAAUAUAUCAUUGACCCGUAUGGAACCAAAUACAUGGUAGAUACCAGCACCUUUUCAUUUUACAAUAUUAAAUGGAGAAUGACCAUUUUCAUUUCAGAUACAGAGAUUACAGCUGGUAUAGUUCAAAGCAGUUACAUUAUUAUUGGUGUGACUGUGUUUGUAACACUAUGUGGUAUUGUGGUGGGUAUUGUAAUUGGAUGGGUUAUUACAAAUCCGUUCUUUACAUUGCAGCAAGAUUUGAAAAUGAUUGAAGUUUUGGAUUUUGAAAAUAUUCGACCAAGGAAAUCCAUAUUUAGUGAAUCUAGAACAAUUUAUACUAGUUUGACUGAAACUGUAAGAUGGUUAAAUGAAAUCAAAUCGUUUAUUCCAGAUUCUGUCCUGUUACAAUUGGAAAAUUCAAAUUUGAGAGAUAGCAAGCGAGCUCGGAGGCGUUCAGUUAAAUAUUCAGAACAACCCGUUGAUUCAAGUAUUAGUAAGGGAACUUAUUCAGAAUCAAUUCACACAGGUUCAUUAACUAGUAAGGACAGCUUCAUGAAUGAAGGUGGAAAGAAUUCUAUUUUCAAAGUUGGUCUGAGUCGUUCUGAAUGUGCUGUCAUUUAUUUGACACUUUCAAAUCUGACAGAAGAAACAUUUGACUAUGACCCAGGAUUUAUGGCAACUAUCAUUUCAAAGGCACUCACUUCCAUUUCGAAUAUUUGUAGAACUUGCAGAGGAGAUUUACAAAUUAAGAGUCAUAAUGAAUUUGUAAUCUUCUUCUCAAACUCUGAGAAGAAUCCAGCACAUACUGCUUUGGAAACUUGUUUAAAGAUUAGAUCCAUGUUUGUUCCUUUCAAUGAUCAUCUCACUAAGGAAGGAAGGCCUGUAUUGGAUAUCUGCAUGGGUGUGGCUUCUGGUAAAAUGGUGAAUGGUAACGUUGGUUCGAAACAAACUCGUUACUUUGCCCUGAUUGGUUCUGUAUUGGAAAGAGCAAAAACCUUAAAUGAAUUCUCAACCUUCAUGAACAUUCCUAUAGUUGCUGAUACACCGUGCUUUAUAGCAACAAAGGGAAGAUUUGUGGUACGCCCAAUUGAAAGAAUCUACAAUCAGGAUUAUAAGACAAUUGAAGAGAUUUAUCAAGUGGUGAAGAAGAAUCAUGCCAAAGAUGAUGAAUGGUAUUCUGAGUUGGAAGAGAAACCAUCAAACUUGAAAUUUGAUGAGUAUACAACAAAAUUCACACUAUUAUUUUCUGGAACUUUGACAGAGAAUCAGUAUGAUACUGUAUCAGACUAUUUGCAAUCUGUUUUAAAGACAAAUCCUAAAGAUCAAGCAAUAUUGAGAUUAUCUAGAUUUUUGGAAAGUUAUAGAGAUAGUGAUGUAUUGAAUUUUACAAACUAUCAUACAAGUAUUGAAAAGAAUUUCAAAGUUUCAUUUUAA